AUGUUUCAUUACAUUUUUCAUUUCUUCAUUACAUUUCUUUCAUUCAAUUUUUCAUUUAUCAUUACAUCUUUCAUUACAUUUUUCAUUUCUUCAUUUUUUCAUUCCAUUUUUCAUUUAUCAUUACAUCUUUCAUUACAUUUUUCAUUUCUUCAUUACAUUUCUUUCAUUCAAUUUUUCAUUUAUCAUUACAUCUUUCAUUACAUUUUUCAUUUCUUCAUUACAUUUCUUUCAUUCCAUUUUUCGUUUAUCAUUACAUUUCUUUCGUUGUUUUUCAUUUCUUCAUUCCAUCUUUCAUUCGUUACAUUUUUAUUUUAUCAUUACAUUUUCUCAUUAUUUUUCAUUUCUUCAUUACAUUUUUCAUUCCAUUUUUCAUUUAUCAUUACAUUUCUUUCAUUAUAUUUUUUCAUUUCUUCAUUACAUCUCUCAUUUGUUACAUUUUUCAAUUCAUCAUUACAUUUUUAUUACAUUUUCAUUUAUCUUAUUACAUUUUUCAUUUCUUCAUUUUACCUUUCAUUUCUGCAUUGCAUUUCUUUCAUUAACAUUUUUCAAUUCUUAAUUACAUCUUUCUUUCAAUACAUCUUCCAUUUUUUCAUUCCAUUACUUUCUUUCAAUACAUCUUCCAUUUUUUCACUUCAUUACUUUCUUUCUUUACAUCUUUCAUUUUUCUUUUUUUCAUUAUAUAUGUCGUUUACUUUUUUUUUAAUUUUUGAUUUAUAUAAUAUUUUUAGCGUUUUUCUUUCCUUUUUUUUUACAAUUACUUAA